AUGGUGUCACUGUUCCCCCACAGGGUGCAGGUGGAGUUCUACGUGAAUGAAAACACCCUCAAGGAGAGGCUGAAGCUUUUCUUCAUCAAAAACCAAAGGUCAAGCCUGAGAAUUCGCCUGUUCAACUUCUCUCUGAAGAUUCUCACCUGUGUCCUGUACAUUGUGAGAGUGUGCCUGGAUGACCCCAAGCAGGUCAACUACAACCCAUGCAGCACAAUAUGUCUCAACACGAGUUGGACCAAUACAGCAGAGUCGGCACACAUCAAUUGGGAUCUGAUUUUCUGGGUGCAAAGACGCGAGUCUCUUUGGGCGAUACAGGUGACAGUGGCCUUAAUCGGUUUCUUGGAGACCAUGCUUAUCACAUAUCUCAGCUACAAGGGGAACAUUUGGGAGCAGAUCUUCAAGAUAUGCUUCAUAUUGGAGAUGAUCAAUACAGUGCCAUUCAUAAUCACCAUUUUCUGGUGUCCGUUGAGAAACAUAUUCGUCCCUGUGUUUCUUAAUUGCUGGCUUGCCAAAGGUGCCCUGGAGAACAUGAUCAAUGAUUUCCAUCGAGCCAUCCAGAGGACCCACUCUGCCAUGUUCAACCAGGUGGUCAUCCUCAUCUGCACCUUACUGUGUCUGGUUUUCACUGGAGCUUGUGGGAUCCAGCACCUCGAGCGAGGGGCUGAGAAGACCCUGUCUAUUUUUGACGCGUUAUAUUUCUGCAUCGUCACCUUCUCCACUGUGGGCUACGGGGACGUCACGCCAAAGAUCUGGCCGUCCCAGCUGCUGGUGGUCAUCCUCAUCUGCGUUGCCCUGGUGGUGCUCCCACUGCAGUUUGAAGAGCUAGCCUACCUGUGGAUGGAGAGACAGAAGUUGGGGGGGAACUACAGCCGCCACCGGGCCCAGACGGAGAAGCACGUGGUGUUGUGUGUGAGCUCGCUAAAGAUCGACCUGCUGAUGGAUUUCCUUAACGAGUUCUACGCUCAUCCCAGACUUCAGGACUAUUACGUGGUGAUUCUGUGUCCGACAGAGAUAGACAUUCAGGUUCGUCGCAUCCUCCAAAUCCCUUUGUGGUCCCAGAGGGUCAUCUACCUGCAAGGAUCCGCCCUCAAAGACCAGGACCUCAUGAGGGCCAAGAUGGAUGACGCUGAGGCCUGCUUCAUCCUGAGCAGCAGGAACGAAGUCGACCGAACUGCUGCUGAUCACCAGACUAUUUUAAGGGCCUGGGCUGCAAAGGACUUUGCUCCCAACUGUCCCCUCUAUGUCCAGAUUCUCAAACCAGAAAACAAAUUCCAUGUCAAGUUCGCUGAUCAUGUAGUUUGUGAAGAGGAGUUCAAAUAUGCCAUGUUGGCGCUCAACUGUGUGUGUCCGGCCACGUCCACCUUAGUCACUCUGUUGGUUCACACCUCCAGGGGACAGGAGGGGCAGCUGUCACCCGAGAACUGGCAGAAGAUGUACGGGCGCUGCUCGGGGAACGAGGUCUACCACAUCCGUUUGUGUGACAGCAAGUUUUUUGGGGAGUAUGAUGGGAAAAGCUUCACCUACGCCUCCUUCCACGCACAUAAGAAGUAUGGUGUGUGUUUGAUCGGAGUGAAGAGGGAGGACAACAAGAGCAUCCUCCUCAACCCCGGCCCCCGCCACAUCAUGGCCGCCGCGGACACCUGCUACUACAUCAACAUCACCAAGGAGGAGAACUCCGCCUUCAUCUUCAAACAGGAGGAGAAGCACAGCAAAGGUCUGUCCGUCUCUGGCCUCUACGACGCCCCCUCCAGGCUGCCCGUGCACAGCAUCAUCGCCAGCAUGGGAACCGUAGCCAUCGACCUCCAGAACCCCGAUCCGCCCGAGGAAAUCAGUAAGCUGACUUUGCCGACAGAGAACGGAGACGGAAGCCGCAGGCCGAGCAUCGCCCCGGUCCUCGAGAUCGCAGACUCCUCCGCCAUUCUGCCCUGCGACCUCCUCAGCGACCAAUCAGAGGAUGAGACCAACCAGUCAGACGAGGAGGGCUCUGUGGGGUCAGAUUUUGUGAAGGGCUACCCUCCGAACUCGCCCUACAUCGGCAGCUCUCCCACCCUGUGCCACCUCCUGCCGCAGAAGGCUCCGUUCUGCUGCCUUCGCCUCGACAAGGGCUGCACACAUAGCAGCUUCGUGGACGCUAAAGCAUACGGCUUCAAGAACAAGCUGAUCAUAGUGUCCGCUGAGAUGGCGGGAAACGGCCUCUACAACUUCAUUGUCCCCCUGCGUGCAUACUAUCGGCCAAGGAAGGAGCUCAACCCCAUAGUGCUGCUGCUGGAUAACGCGCCAGACAACCACUUCUUAGAGGCCAUUUGCUGCUUUCCAAUGGUUUACUUCAUGGCUGGCACCAUCGAUAACCUGGACAACCUGCUGCAGUGUGGGAUCAUCUACGCCGACAACUUGGUGGUUGUGGACAAAGAGAGCACCAUGUGCGCUGAGGAGGACUACAUGGCCGACGCCAAGACCAUCGUCAACGUCCAGACUAUGUUCAGGUUGUUCCCCAGCCUCAGCAUCAUCACCGAGCUCACACACCCGUCCAACAUGAGGUUCAUGCAGUUCAGAGCCAAGGACUGCUACUCUCUCGCUCUCUCCAAGCUGGAGAAGAUAGAGCGAGAUAAGGGCUCCAACCUGGCCUUCAUGUUCCGCCUGCCGUUUGCUGCAGGCAGGGUUUUCAGUAUCAGCAUGUUGGAUACGCUGCUCUACCAGUCAUUUGUUAAGGACUACAUGAUCGGCAUCGCGAGGCUCCUGCUCGGUCUGGACACGACGCCUGGCUCUGGGUACCUGUGUGUCAUGAAGAUCACGGAGGAGGAUCUGUGGAUCAGGACUUAUGGAAGACUCUUCCAGAAACUGUGCUCCUCCAGCGCUGAGAUCCCCAUCGGGAUUUACCGCACCGAGUCGCACAUGUUCUCAACCUCAGAGAGCAAGGACAGUUAUGCACAGUCUCAGGUGUCCAUCAACGUGGAGCACGGCGAGGAGCAACGAGAGCGCAGAGAUAUCUGGAAGGAGAAGGUGGCCCACAGGAACUCCACCACCAGCGACCAAUCGGAGCACCCGCUGCUGAGGAAGAAGAGCAUGCAGUGGGCGCGGCGUCUGAGCAGGAAGAGCGCCAAGCCGCCGAGUCGGACCGAGCGCAUCUCGCAGCAGAGACUCAACCUGUACCGACGCUCGGAGCGGCAGGAGCUGUCCGAGCUGGUCAAGAACCGCAUGAAGCACCUGGGCCUGCCCACUGUCGGAUACGAGGAUGUUUCUAAUCUCACUGCGAGCGAUGUCAUGAAUCGAGUAAAUCUAGGAUAUUUGCAAGACGAGAUGAACGACCACCAGAACACGCUGUCGUACGUCCUCAUCAAUCCUCCUCCCGACACCACGCUGGAGCUCAACGACAUCGUGUACAUUAUCCGGUCCGACCCGCUGGCCCACAUGCCGGAGGACUCGCAGGUGGGGCAGCCUCGAGGCGCCAGGAACCAACAGGAGUUUGGCACCGAGACGAGAGACGAGACUCACCUCUGAAGCCCCCUCAGCGCUCCACACUCUGACCCUCAACCCCUCAGCUCCACCCGGGCCGGACGGAGCUCGUUUGUCUCACCAAGAUGAAGGCUUGUCUCGGGCCGAGAACGAGCGUCCGCAGCGAAAGUGCAUUAGGUGUCUCUCUCAGCCUCGGACCUGGAAGCAAGGAAUAUUUGAAGAGACUGUGCUGAGAGACCUGCUGGUUCCCCACUGAGCUGCUACAGGAGGAUGCAUGAAGAGUGCCUCGUCAUCGACCCCGACUCCCCUCGCACGCCCACGGAACGAGCACACGUCGCCCUCACCAAACCAUCUGAGAAGCAGGCACCGCUAACGCCUCCCCAACCCGAACUGUGAUCCAUGUUGUGAGAGGUGUCAACGUUUUUUGGGGGGGUUUUCCCCUCAUGCACACACCAUCGUUUAAAAUCAUCACUUCACUCAUGCUUUUCUCAAGUGGGGGAGUUCCCUCAUGUCCAAUUCUUCUUCGCCUGUUGCUACCUAAACUCGCAAAAGAACCGGAUCUCGGGGAAUUCACACCCAGGGAUUAAAGGUGUUUGUGCUACAACAGACUUCUGCCACAUAGUUAAAAAGAUAAAUAUAGUAUUUAACUCUAAACGACAAAACCCUGUGAUUAGUCGUUUGGGUGAAAUACAGGUUUGUCGCUCAAGUUGUCUUAUGUUGUGCUUUACCCUUGUUAUGUCAGUAGGUGGCGCUAAUCAGCUCGGAAUUUGUCAGCGACUGGGGUUAGGGGGUCGUAAAGCAAAUUACUGGUGAAAUGACACACAACGUGCAGGUUAGAGAUCAUGUUAAAUCUUAACUAAACAAAUUUACAAACGGAACGCACAACUGUAAAAUGUUUUUUCCGGUUAAAUGGCGUCAAAAGGAAACGUCACAGUAAAUCUGCUGUUUCAUUUCUUUUUAUUCCCUUGGGCUUUAAUCCCUGUCCGCCCUCCUGCCCAGCUUCAGUCAGGUUUUAUAAAGAGAAACAUUCAUUCAUUCACCAUGAGGUCAUAGCACACAUGAACUUUCAUUUGGUUUUUAUUCUCUUUAUCUGACGGGACUUUCAUUGUCGUUCUGAGCACAAACUUUUUAAUGACACAUAAUCAUCUAUGAAUAUUUAACACUUAUAUCAACCAUAUUACAUCAUCCUUUUCUCUGUUGUGUCUUUGCAAACUGAACUUUUUCUCUUCGUUGUUGUUGAAAAGUGAUUAUUGUUAAUUUAUUCCACUAUUUACGAUUAUGUUAAUCAUAUCUGCUGCGCUUUGUGCCAUUUCCGUUCACUUGAUUUAUUAUAUUUUUAUGUUAUGUUUUUAAAAGAAAUAGCACAUUACCAGUAUGUGCCACUCUGCAUCUAUGUCGUGAUGUCGGUGUUUAUUUUGAAGCCUGACCGAUACAUGAUACAUGCAGCUGCACGAGAGAAAUCUCAAAAUAUUACCAGGAUAUAAGAGAGAAAUGCAUACAGAAAAUAUAUAUAUUUAUAUAUAUAUAAAAAGCUUAAGGCUCUUAUUUUGAAAUAUGAGACAGGAAGGAAUCUUGUUAAAUCGUCACGGCCAUCAUCACAAGCAUGAUUGGUUGGAAAGUCGUCAUGUGAGAAGAAUUGCGUAAUUACAGACGUGAUCCAUAUUUUAUUAUCCAGAUAACAACUGAUAAUACUGUGAUGAAAUGAUCCAAUUAUCAUACAACGUGUAUUAUUGAUCGUACUGUCGUGCAAAUACGAACACUAUCGUACAACUGGCAGCCGUGAGAGGACUUAAAAAAUACGUCAACUGAAAUAUGACAUUUUCAUCAAUCAGGGAAUAUGUCAGUAUCGACCUGAAGGAAAUCCAGUAUCGGUCAGGUUUUAGUGUCGUGUUUAUUUAUUCCUCUGAAGUUGAUGGUGCAUAUUAAUUUGAUCUUUAAGUUUCAUAACUCUCAUGUUGGAGCAGGAGCGGUAGCAGAACAGUUUUGCACAAAUACUGACACCGGCACACUUACGUCUAUUUUUAUCUUGUAAUCGACCUUCAGGUCCAAAAGACUGACACCCCCUGACCCACUCUAUUUCCAAAAAUGUAUUUGGAACGUGCUCGAGCUGAAAAUGAAGUGCUCUCCUUUUCCGAUUUGUACAGGUCACGCUCCAUGUGCAGUGUUUGUUUCUUUUGAUCACGUGUCAGCUGCAGGUUUUAGUUCGAUCACUGUAAAUAGUAACUUUAUAUAUUCAUCGCUUGUUCAUCGCGUGUUGUUCUGUGUCCGUCUGUGACUCCGUGUGAUAACAAGUGAAGGAGGACUUGAACUAUGUUUGCACUAAGCUCUGGGAGGAAGUCGAGAGCAAAAGAGCAUGACCCUUUAAUCUGAAUGAGCGCAACACCGCCGACAGUAUUCAACCAUUCCAGUGAAGCUUGGCGUUGCGACUUCUGUCGAUUUGAAUUAUCUUGCAAUUCUUUGCAAACUUACUCUAUGUGCCAUUUUUAUUUUUUGUAUGUCUAAGAAAUAUCGAGUGGUUGUCAGGGUGAAGAAAUCUGGGAUCGGCAAAAGUUUAUUUAAUGUUUUACGAUGUAUUUUGUGAAGAUUCCAGUUAGAGUGAACUCUUUGCUCGGUAGCCCCCCCUACAGGAGAGUCAGUUUACAGGGCAGGAGAGCUGAGGAGUGGAAGUGUGAGCGACCAGCUCUGCAUACGAUCGGAGAGCGAAUCCCGUCAUUUAGCGUCUUCCCGGGUCCUCGCUCCACAAAGAAAUCACUUCGGACCUCCUGCUGUCAUACUCGCAAACAACCACAAGGGGCAUGUAAACACUAAAAAGCAUGUUUUGAUAUACGAGCUUGCCAAGAAUGAAACAUUUUGUACAUUUAGCCGGAGAUGUCCCGUGAUGUCCCGUCGCUAGAGAAACCCAUAAUCGAGUCAACUGCUUGCAAGUUGCAGCCAUUAUUUGAUACUGUGUAUUUAUAUGAAUGGAACAUGCAUGUCGUCUCGGUGUUACCUCCAGUUUAUGAUUUCGAGUCAUUGUCAAAAGAGGAGAUGAUCCAUUUUGUACGAUUUCUUAUGAGAAGCGAGUUCACUUCUCCACGUAUGAAACAUGAACAAAUAAAUGCUGCAUGCAGCCAGAUCCAACUGAUGAGAGCGUGUUGUUA